ACUCAGGAAACAUCAUUUGCAAAAACAAACAAAAAAAAAACAUUUUGUUAUCUUUCAACUUGGGAGAACCAAAGAGCUUUAAACAGAAAAAAGAGGCAUGUUUGUUACAAUAAUACCAAACAAGUGAGGUAACAGAUAAAAAUAUAUUAACAUUUACAAUAAUAAUGUAAGCAUUGUAUCUGUAACCCCAUUCAGCAUUUGUAGAUGCUAAAAAUUCAGCAAAGUGGACGCUAUACCCACUGUAAAAUCUGUUUUACAUCCAGAAUGUUUGGGAGAAUAAUGAAUCCCAUGAAUAAUGUUAAGUAUCAGGAUGUUUUAGCCCAGAGCCUGGUUGCCUCCGACAGGAGGUUACGAGGUUGGCUGUAGAUAGAUGUUUCAAGAAGCUGAUGUCUCCAUACGUACUUGUAAAUUAACACAGAAUGGUUUCAGGAACAUACAAUCAGUGUCAUCAGUGUUUUUAUUAAAAAUUGAUAUAUUUUUAAAUAUAAUUUGUAAAUAUAAUUUAUUGGAUUUUGUGGGUAUUAGUCUCACAUUUAUCUUGCUUUAAAUAUUCAGGGUCUUUUAAAGAAAUAAAAUAUAAUGGUUGCACAGAGCUUUUUUCAAGCACACACUGGUUUAAAAAAAUAAAAGAAAGAAAAUUAAUAAAUAAAAUCCAGCCACAAAUAUGUAUUUAAAUAAGAAAGUCCCAAUUUCUCUUUCUUUAGUAAAGGUGUGUAUAGUACAAAUGUGCAAACAAAUGAUAUAAAGUUCCCUUUGCAAAAGUUGCAUUUUAAUUGUAGUCUCUUCUAAACAAUGAUUCUUGGUAUUUCCAGUGAACUGUCACAGUUUUGAAGUGUGUUUGCUGAAAACAUGUCUCUGCAAACCUGUCUGCAUGAUGUCACGUGUGUAAUGAUGAGAAACUAUUUACCUGUAAUACAGAGCAGAAUACUGUAUGCUGGGUAUAAACACUGGAGUUGGCUUGGGAAGGUCACGUGACCAGAUGAACGCACGGCCGGUGAUGCUGAUCUGGUGCACGCGGUCAAGUAAAUCUAAGUUUAGAUGUCAUACUGAUAAUAAUUUGGUCUUUUAUAACUUCAAUAUAAACUGAAAUCUAGGGAUGAUGAUGAUGAUGAUGUAGAAAAACGAGGACAUACAUUUUAGUGGAGUAAAAGCUCAGCUCUUUUCAGUAUCGCGCGUUCACGUGCGCUUUCUGCUGGACUCGAGACACUUACGUCAACAGAAAGAGUUGCCAGAUUGGUGAAUUAUAACCUGAGUGCUCAUCUAGCUGUAAAUACACACUUCUUACACUAAAAAUUAUUAGGAAAAAAGGAACACUACUGUGAAGUACACUACAGUGCGGACUUGUGUAGAGCUAGUGAGCUGUUUUAAAAUGAUGAUUUGAGAUGGGUCCAAUCUGGCAACCCAGAGAGGAGGAGAGAGAACGCGAGCGAGACAGAGACACAGUGAGAGACAGAGAGGGGGGAUUUGCAGAUUUCCUCCUCACAGCAUCAUGAGCAGGGUUGGAGCAUCUCAGCACGCGCAGCACUCCUGACCGCGAGUGCACCGUGAGCAUUACCGAGCGCGCAGCUUGUGCACGCGCUGUCUGUCUGUGCGCAUGAGACGCGCCGAGGCCCCGGUUUCCGGUAUGUAGGAUCAAGAGGCAUGAAAAUGCUGCGCCUCCGGAGCCCGAGCGUGUCGUCGCUCAGCCGGGAGAUCCACUGCACCGUGCGCCUGCUGGACGACUCGGAGAUCGCCUGCAGCAUCCAGAGAGACACAAAAGGUCAGUUCCUGCUGGAUCAUGUGUGUAACCACUACAGUCUGCUGGAGAAGGAUUACUUUGGCAUCAGAUAUGUGGAUCCUGAGAAGCAGAGGCAUUGGCUGGACCCCAGCAAACCCGUGGUCAGGCAGAUGAAAUGUCAGCAGCCGUACACCAUGUGCUUUCGGGUGAAGUUCUACCCCCAGGAACCCAUCAAGAUCAAGGAGGAACUGACCAGAUACCUGUUGUACCUGCAGCUGAAGAGGGACCUGUACCACGGCCGGCUCCUGUGUCCGCUCGCCGAUGCCGCCUAUCUUGGAGCUUGUAUAGUGCAGGCUGAACUCGGCGACUACGAUGUAGAUGAGCACCCGGCCGACUACAUCAGCGACUUCAAACUGUUCCCCAAACAGAGCCUCAAACUGGAGCGCAAGAUCAUGGAGAUCCACCAGAACGAGCUGAGGGGUCAGUGUCCAGCCUUGGCUGAGCUGAACAUGCUCCAGAGAGCUCACACACUGGACACAUAUGGUGUGGACCCUCAUCCCUGCAAGGACUUCACCGGAGCAACAGCAUUUCUGGGAUUCACUGCCCGGGGCUUUGUUGUUUUCCAGGGAAACAAGAGGAUCCACUUGCUAAAAUGGCCGGAUGUCAGCAGAUUUAAGUUUGAAGGGAAAACAUUUUACGUGAUUGGAGUACAGAGAGAGAAGAAACUGGUUUUGACGUUCCACACCUCCACACCAGCAGCCUGUAAACACCUAUGGAAAUGUGGCGUAGAAAAUCAGGCAUUUUACAAAUGUGCAAAAUCGAGUCAGAUCAAGACUGUAUCCAGCAGCAAUAUAUUUUUCAAAGGGACCAGAUUUCGCUACAGCGGUCGUGUUGCUAAAGAGGUGAUUGAAGCCAGUUCGAAGAUCCAGAGGGAGCCUCCAGUCGUUCACAGGUGUCAGUUGGGUCAGAGCAGAAGUUUUACCUCGCUCAGCCAUAAGCACCUCAUAAUGAACAUGGAGCCUCUGCUGCCGGCGCUCAGCUCAAACAGGGAAUACCGGGAGGCCUCGGCCGACAGCGGUCUCUUGGCCUUGAAAGACUCGGUUCACUUGUCCCCACUGAAACCAUCCAUGAUGCCAGAAGACCCUGAGCUGGAGGAGAUGGAGUGCAAUGUCCAAGAGACAGGACAGGAAGACUCAGCCUUUCCUGGCACUGGACUGGAGGAAGAGAGGAGCAAGGAGGAGGAGGAGGAGGAGGAUGAAGAUGGGUCUCACGCCAUCUCAGAUACAGCAUACAGCCCAUGUUCAAGCGUGAUGCCCACGCCGGUGGAGGAAACACAGGGUGGUGUGGACUUCCUGUUCCAAAGCCCUGGGCGCUUGCUGAAGGAACUCCACGCCAGUCCGGAAAUGCAGGCGGAGCUUUGGGCUGAGCGGCAGCGAGAACUGACCCGAGAGGCCACCUGUCAGUCACUGUGUAGCCAAUCAAAUGGGACGCCACAGAUCCGGGCGUUCCUCCACAGCGCUGCCCGGCUCAUAGCUGUAGCUUCAAUCCUGCUCCUUCUCCUAUUGGUCCUCUUGCUGGUUCUGCUGGAGUCCGACCUGGACGUUUCCUUCCUACAGGACAUCCGAGAGACGCCUGAGUUUGAGCAGUUCCACUAUGAGUACUACUGCCCGCUGCGCCGCUGGCUCUGCUACGAACUCGAGCUCCUGACAGAGAAUCUGUGGGGAGACUGACGUUAAUAUCUACAGUAUACGGCUACAAGGCCCUCCAUCAGCAGGGAUGAACAAUUGGGACACGGGGAGGAGAAUGGACCGAUAAGGAAGGAAGGUUUGCUCUCGUACAUCAUGAUGUUUUUUUUUUUUAACUUGCACCCUCAGGCUGGAUUCACCCUCAACUGUAACUGUACGCAAAGCCAUGAAUAUUAGAGGAGCUACAAAUGCUGAGCUGCAGCUCAAAUGUUCCAGGCAAGUUGCAGAGUUUUAGAGGUAGCAGCGAAUGAGUAGAAUAGAUCUGUAGCAAAAAAACAAACAGCAGCUAAUCAGUCUGUAUAAAGCUUCAAGACGGGAUGCACCAAUCAGAGGUGAUGCACCGAUCCCAUUUCUUCAUUUUUAAUCCAAUACUGAUAUCAGAGCUGUAAUUCUCACCUUACAGCUGAUAUUGAUAAGAUACUGGCAUUAUAGUUUGAGAUCCUGUCUGAACACAACAGAGCUUUACUAUUCAAGUAAUUUCUCAAAAAGUCAGGAAUUAUGGCCUGCCUUUUCCUUGCUUUAGUUUUUUCCUCUCUACUGUAUUUUCUUCUCUUUAUUAUGUUAUAUUAGUGUUCAAUCCUAUUUUAAACAUUUUUACAGCUGAGAAGGUGUAUAUAACAGCAGCAGUAGUUCAUCUGAAAGGUAAAUCACAGGUUUAUAUGAAUGUAGCCAUUCUAAUACAUUAUCAUUUCUAUAGCACCAGGUAAUUUACACGGACGUUUAUGGUGGCCGUUCCACAUGAAUGGAUAAAAAAGGAGUGUAAUUGUUGAUAUAGUGAAGUUUUCUGUGAUGAGACAUUUAUUGAACAUUUUUGGAAGGAGUCUCCAGUGUCAGCUCUCUGUUACAUUCAGAGUUAAAGCUGUAUCUUUAAGUGUCUUCAGUUGGAAGGGCUUGGAGGUAACAUGACAAGCUACAUAUUUUUACUUGUUCAGGAGAGUAAAAAAAGAGAGGCUAUUGAUGGAAAGACUGUUUAUAGCUGCUAUAACAUAAGUGAUAACAGGAAGUGACUUGUUUCACAGACGUUCUACAGCAUCAAACGUAACUAUAAAUGGAAAUGAAAUAAAAAAUUUAAAAAUUGUAAUUAAAAUUUGUAAUCGUUGGCAAAUUGCUGUGGUAUAAGAGGAAUAAAACUUUUAGGGACAUGCUGUUAUUGGAAAAUAAUAACCUGGAGGGUGAUAAUAGUAGAGGCCAAAUCUAUGUGCAAGCACUGAGAACACUGCAUUGGUAGGUUGUGUAAUGUUAAUUAAAACUAUAUCUUUUGGGAUGUUGUUUGAAGGUUAAAAAAAAAAGCAGGCAAAGUGGAAUUUAAACUUGAUGUUGGAGGAC